AAGUAUAUCGAUGAUUGUUUCGAAUCGAACACCAACGAAAUCGUCAUCAUCAUCAUCUAUCAAUAAUUUGAUAGUGUUACUACACGUUCUGAUUCGGCAAUGGCUAAAAAUAUUAAAGAUUUGAUCAACACAAUACAUCAUGUCAAUACAAAUAAUGAACAUGUUGAACAGAUUUGGCAAUUAUGGCGUUGGAAACCACCGGUACAAUCAUCAUUACAAACACGUGAUGAUUAUUUUCAUAAUCCUGCAUCAACACCGCAUACAAUAAUGAAUGAAUUUAAAAAACAUUUAACCGUUUCGAAAGAUUUGAAAUUUCAUACCUGUGAUCUGAGACGUUUGGCUGAAAUUGAAUAUCAACCAUUGAUGACAUUUGUUACACAAGAUGAUUAUGAUGAUCAUACCGAUUCGAUGGUUCGUAGUUAUUUCAUUUUCAAAGAUGGUGUUAUGCCAUUAUGGGAAGAUGAAUAUAAUGUAUUCGGUGGUUGUUGGUCAUUAAUCUGGAGUAAUGAUUUUGUACGAGAAAAAAGCCAUGAAAAUGAUCAACAUCAUCAUCAUCAUCAUCAUCAUCAUCACCAGAAUCAUCAUCAUAAUCAUGGUUCAAAGAAAACAUCAAAAUUUAUAUGGAAACAGGUGAUUAAUUUGCUUACCGAUCCAUUGAUGGUUAAAUAUGUGGAUGAAAUAUCCGGUGUUGGUUUGACGAUUCGUUCGAAUAAAACCUAUAAAAUAACCAUUUGGAAUCGAAAUUCGGAUGAUACAAUCACUAAAAUGAUGAUCGGACAAAAUAUCAAAUCAAUUCUUGGUCAUUCGGGUCCAAUGUUUUACUAUUCACACAAGAGUACAUUGAAAAAUCAAUAUGCAAAAAAGAAACAGGAAAAAACAAGACAACGUCGAACAACAUUACCAGUUGAUAAGAAUUCUAUGAAUGUUGAUGAUUCACCUAGGCUUAAUCCAAAUCGUUCAUCAGGUUUUUCACAAAGAUUUUCAUCAAAUCAUCAAAUUCAUUCGAUUACUGCAGAUAGAUCUUUUCCGAUGAUGAAUUAUCGUUCAUCAUCAUUUCAUCAUCAACAACAAUCACCAGGAGAAAAUGUUUGUAUACCAUCAACAUCACGUAUGGCAAAUCAUUUAAAUCGUCAAAAUUUUCAUCAUGUCAAUCCAUUAGUCUAUUGAUAACCGUUCUCUACAUUAUUCCGAUUUACAAUAUUAUUCAGAUUUUUUUUUUCAUUAUUGCAAACAUUAUUGAAUUCUACUAUUUGUUGUUUA